AGAUUUAAUCCAGAGGCUGGCUUCAUUAUAGAAACACCCACAGUUGCAUCAAUGGUUGGGAAAAGAUAGUGACCACAGGUGAAGGAAGAACACCUCUGACACAGUGAGGACAAUGAGUGUGCUCAAACCAAGUGGGCUCAAGGCCCCCACCAAGAUCCUUAAGCCGGGGAGCCCAGCCUUGAAGACUCCUGUUGCUGUUAUAGCUCCGGUAGACAAAGCAAUAUCCAGUGAGAAAGCAUCGAGCACUCCCUCCUCUGAGGCACAAGAGGAAUUUGUGGAUGACUUCCGAGUUGGGGAGCGAGUUUGGGUAAAUGGGAAUAAGCCUGGAUUUAUACAGUUUCUUGGCGAAACCCAGUUUGCACCAGGCCAGUGGGCCGGAAUUGUUUUAGAUGAACCCAUAGGCAAAAAUGAUGGCUCAGUGGCAGGGGUUCGGUAUUUUCAGUGUGAACCUUUAAAGGGCAUAUUUACCCGACCUUCAAAGUUAUCAAGGAAGGGACAAGCAGCAGAUGAAGCCAACGGCUUGCAGACAGCUCAUGCUUCCAGAGCUACUUCACCUCUGUCCACCUCUGCAGCCAACAUGGUGUCCUCCUCGCCGGCAACGCCUUCAACCAUUCCCCAGAAAUCAUCCCAGCCUACAGCCAAGGAGCCUUCAGCUACGCCUCAGGUCAGCAACCUUACAAAAACCGCCAGCGAAUCUGUCUCCAACCUUUCAGAAGCUGGCUCCAUCAAGAAAGGAGAGCGAGAGCUCAGAAUCGGAGACCGAGUGCUGGUUGGCGGUACUAAGGCUGGUGUUGUUCGAUUUCUUGGGGAGACGGACUUCGCCAAGGGGGAAUGGUGUGGUGUAGAGUUAGAUGAACCUCUUGGGAAGAAUGACGGGGCUGUUGCUGGAACAAGGUAUUUUCAGUGUCAACCCAAAUAUGGCUUGUUUGCUCCUGUUCACAAAGUCACCAAGAUUGGCUUUCCUUCCACGACACCAGCCAAAGCCAAGGCCGCCGCCGUGAGGCGAGUGAUGGCCACCACGCCCGCCAGCCUGAAGCGCAGCCCUUCCGCCUCCUCACUCAGCUCCAUGAGCUCGGUGGCUUCAUCCGUGAGCAGCAAGCCCAGUCGGACAGGAUUAUUGACUGAAACCUCCUCCCGGUACACCAGGAAGAUCUCCGGCACCACUGCCCUCCAAGAGGCCCUGAAGGAGAAGCAGCAGCACAUUGAGCAGCUGCUGGCUGAACGGGAUCUAGAGAGGGCGGAGGUGGCCAAGGCCACGAGCCACGUGGGGGAGAUAGAGCAGGAGCUAGCUCUGGCUCGGGAUGGACACGAUCAGCAUGUCCUGGAGUUGGAGGCCAAGAUGGACCAGCUGCGAACAAUGGUGGAAGCGGCCGACAGGGAGAAGGUGGAACUUCUCAACCAGCUCGAAGAGGAGAAAAGGAAAGUUGAGGAUCUUCAGUUCCGGGUUGAGGAAGAAUCCAUUACCAAAGGCGAUCUUGAGCAAAAGAGCCAGAUACCUGAAGAUCCUGAGAAUACGCAGACCAAACUGGAGCAUGCCCGCAUUAAGGAGCUUGAACAGAGCCUGCUCUUUGAAAAGACCAAAGCUGACAAACUCCAGAGGGAGUUAGAAGACACUAGGGUGGCUACAGUGUCAGAAAAGUCUCGUAUCAUGGAACUAGAAAAAGACCUAGCAUUGAGAGUACAGGAGGUAGCUGAGCUCCGAAGAAGGCUUGAGUCCAAUAAACCUGCUGGAGAUGUGGAUAUGUCACUUUCCCUUUUGCAAGAGAUAAGCACUUUGCAAGAAAAGUUAGAAGCCACUCAUACUGACCACCAGAGAGAAAUAACUUCCCUGAAGGAGCAUUUUGGAGUCCGUGAAGAAACGCACCAGAAGGAGAUAAAGACCCUUCACACGGCAACAGAGAAACUCUCCAAAGAGAAUGAGUCAUUGAGAAGCAAGCUCAAUCAUGCCAACAAGGAGAACUCGGAUGUGAUAGCUCUGUGGAAGUCAAAGCUGGAGACAGCCAUUGCGUCCCAUCAGCAGGCGAUGGAAGAGCUGAAGGUGUCCUUCAGCAAAGGAGUGGGUAUGGAGACAGCAGAACUGGCGGAGUUGAAAACACAGAUAGAGAAAGUCAGACUAGAUUACCAACAUGAGAUAGAAAAUCUGCAGAGUAAACAAGAUUCCGAACGGUCUGCACAUGCUAAAGAGAUAGAAGCCCUACGGGCUAACCUGAUGAAAGUUAUUAAAGAAAAGGAGAACAGCCUGGAAGCCAUCAAAUCAAAGCUGGACAGAGCGGAAGACCAACACCUAGUUGAGAUGGAAGACACAUUCAACAAAUUGCAGGAGGCGGAAAUAAAGGUAAAGGAGCUAGAGGCACUGCAGGCCAGAUGCAGUGAACAGAGCGAGGUUCUUGGUAAUUUAACAUCACAGCUCGGGGCUGCCAGAGAGAAGCUCUUGGAUCUUGAUGUGCUUCGGAAAGCUGAUUCCGAAGGUAAAUCGGAAAUCGAGAGACUUAGACACCAGCUUGAGGAAGCCAAGAAUCAGAUUAAAAAUUUAGAGAUUGAAAAGAAUGCUGAGAGUGGCAAGGCUAGUAGCGUUACCAGAGAGCUCCAGAGGAAAGAGCUAACGCUUACUAAGCUUCAGGAAAACUUGAGUGAAGUCAGUCAAGCAAAGGAGACCCUGGAGAAGGACCUUCAGCUUUUGAAAGAAAAGUUUACUGAAGCUUCGGAGGAGGCGGUCUCUGUUCAGAGAAGUAUGCAAGAAACUGUAAACAAAUUACACCAAAAAGAAGAACAGUUUAACACGCUGUCCUCUGAAUUAGAGAAGUUGAGAGAAAAUUUAGCAGAUAUGGAGGCAAAAUUUAGAGAGAGAGAUGAAAGAGAAAUGGAGUUAAUAAAAGCAAAGGAAAAAUUGGAAAACGACAUUGCAGAAAUAAUGAAGAUGUCGGGAGAUAAUUCUUCUCAGCUGACGAAAAUGAACGACGAGUUACGCCGGAAAGAAAAAUGUGUCGAAGAAUUACAGCAAAGACUGACCAAGGCAGAUGACAGUGCACGUGUUCUGCAGAAAAGUAUUGGGGAAAUAACUCUCAAAGCUGAGCAGAGCCAGCAGGAAGCAGCUAGAAAGCAUGAAGAAGAAAAGAAAGAAUUGCAGAAGAAGCUCUUGGACCUGGAAAAGAGAAUGGACAUGAGCCACAACCAGUGCCAGGAUAUGAAGGCCAGGUACGAGAAAGCCAGUUCCGAGGCGAAAACACAGCACGAAGAGGUCCUGCAGAACCUGCGAAAGAUGCUGGUGGAUGCAGAGCAGAGGCUGAAGGCUGCGCAGGAGCAGAACAGUGGCUUGCUGCAGGAGAUGGAGGAGCUGAGAAAACAAGCUGACAAAGCCAAAGCUGCCCAGACCGCAGAAGAUGCCGUGCAGAUCAUGGAGCAGAUGACCAAAGAGAAGACUGAGACGCUAGCCUCCUUGGAAGAUACCAAGCAAACAAAUGAAAAACUCCAGAAUGAAUUGGAUGCCCUGAAGGAAAACAACUUGAAAAAUGUGGAAGAGCUGAACAAAUCAAAAGAACUGCUGACCGUAGAAAAUCAAAAAAUGGAAGAAUUCAGGAAAGAAAUAGAAACCCUAAAGCAGGCGGCAGCACAGAAGUCCCAGCAGCUCUCAGCGUUGCAGGAAGAGAACGUCAAACUUGCUGAGGAGCUAGGGCGGAGCAGAGACGAAGUCACAAGUCAUCAAAAGCUGGAAGAAGAGAGAUCUGUGCUUAAUAAUCAGUUGUUAGAAAUGAAAAAGAGAGAAUCCAAGUACAUAAAAGACACAGAUGAAGAAAGAGCUUCUCUGCAGAAAUCCAUCAGUGUCACCAGCGCCUUACUCACGGAGAAGGACGCGGAGCUGGAGAAACUGAGAAAUGAGGUCACAGUGCUCAGGGGAGAAAACGCGUCUGCCAAGUCAUUGCACUCAGUGGUCCAGUCUCUGGAGUCUGACAAGGUGCAGCUUGAGCUGAAGGUGAAGAACCUGGAGCUGCAACUCCAGGAGAACAAGAGGCAGCUCAGCUCCUCCUCAGGUAACACUGACACUCAGGCAGAAGAGGAGGAGCGAGCCCAGGAGAGCCAGAUUGAUUUCCUAAAUUCAGUCAUAGUGGAUCUUCAAAGGAAGAAUCAAGACCUUAAGAUGAAGGUGGAGAUGAUGUCAGAAGCAGCCCUCAAUGGCAAUGGAGAAGACCUGAACAAUUACGACAGUGAUGACCAAGAGAAACAGUCCAAGAAGAAACCACGCCUCUUUUGUGACAUCUGUGACUGCUUUGAUCUCCACGACACAGAGGACUGUCCUACCCAGGCCCAGAUGUCUGAGGACCCUCCCCAUUCCACGCACCACGGCCGUCGGAGUGAGGAGCGGCCGUACUGUGAGAUCUGUGAGAUGUUUGGGCACUGGGCGACCAACUGCAAUGAUGACGAGACCUUCUGAUGAAGCCCCCGCUGCGAGCUGGGCACUCCCAAAUGCACGGACCUUCGUGCUACAAGCGCAGCCUCGUGUGUGCAGACUUCAGGAGAACUUGUGUUAUUUUUGACCCCCAUCAGCAAAUUCAAGAAGGUAUUUUGAUCUUCCACAAAUGGCCCUGUCAGUCUCCCCUUCUCAUAUGUUAGAAUAAUAAAUACAUACUUAGCAGGUGAGUUCUCCCUUCUAAUUUUGUCACCUUGAUUUUUAAAAGUUUGAACAAGACAUUGCACCAGAUGCCGUUACAUUUAUCAUCCCUCACAGAACAAUCCUGACCCUUAGAUACUUUAUUUAAGAAACUUUAAGUUAUGCUAUUACUUUUCAUGUUUGCACUAAAAUACUUCCAGGCUACAUUUGUAUAUUUAGAUUUUUUUUUUUUUUUUUUUUUGUAAAGCUUUGACACUGGAAUGAGUUGAAAAAAAUGUGCCAUUUUGCAUUUACAUCUACUCAUUUAAAGUAUUUUAUUCCUUAUCAAAGAAAUAUCUGAGCUCUUUGCACUACCUGAGGUCUGUAGUGCCUUUAUCUUUGGCUUGGUGACACCUAAGUGUGAUUAUAGUAUCAUGAAGUAGAUCAAGGGAGAGGGAGCCCCCAAACUGCUGUGGGCACAUUUUAUAAUCUAUAUGCUGCACCUACUUACUCUACUGUGGUGUUUUGUUUAUUGGUUUUGCAUAAUUCAGCUUCUAUAUAUUAUAUGUAUAUAUUUUUUAAAAAUCUAUAUUUUGAGGAAAAAAAAAACAUAUACAAUGUGUCUUUCUUUCAGAUUUUUACCUAAUGGGGGAAAAAAGUAACAAAACAUUUAAAAUGUUCAUUAAGACAUAAUGUGGCUUUGCAACUAUUUUCUGUUUGUUUUCAUUUUGUUUCUUUACCAGAUUUAAAUAACUGGGAGAAAGGUCUCCAUUUUUUUUUCUUCCCUCCUUCUCUAACAAAUAUCCCCAGCAGUCAACUUAUUAGAUAAUAAGCCACUAUAAAACAUCCAAAUUAACCAACAUAUACUGUCUUCCUUUUUAAGUAUUUAUUUACUGUGUUUUUAGAUGAAUGUAUGAUGAGAAAUUCAACAUUAAUAAUUUUGGAUUUUCUUAUCACAAAAAAUAAAAUGAAGGACCUCAACAGCCAGAACAGGUUACAACCAAUUAGAGUCGAUUGGUCUUCAUUUGAAUGUCUUCUAGAACAUGUAAAAAGUAAUAAAUAAAAUGUGUCUUCCUUGCUUCAUGUAUAGUAAGAACGUCUAUGACUGUACAUAUUCCUCUGAUGUAUUUUUCCCUCAAGAUGAUCAACUGUGUAUUUGACAAGGAGUAUUAAAUAAAUCUGUAAUCACUUGAAAUUUUCAGUUAUAAACAUAAUAGGAAUUGUUUCACAAACAGAAAACAUGUAAAGCAGUAUUAAAAUUUAAGCAAACAAAUGUUCUGUGUCUACUUUAAUAAAUACUCUUU